AAAAUGUGUUGAUUAGAUUUAAAAACGAACAUACAAUACAUACUUAACAAGUUUUGGUUUUUUUACAAUUGUAGUAAACAGUCUAGGAUAAGGAUUUUUUAUAUCUUUAUAUAUUUAUAGAAGAUUGUCCACAUGAAUGAGUUUUUAGCUAAUUAUCAAAAAAUGACAUCCUCGUUAUCUGUUUAGGAUAAUUCCUAGUGGUGUCAUAAAAAAUGUAUUUGAUAAAUAUUGAGGAUCAGUAUGAAUCUGCAUGAGCAUAGCUGUUUUUUAUUUUAGAGAAAUAUACAUGUCAGUUUGAGAUAGCAUGUCUUAACAUCUUUUCUGCUUGUAUAAUAAAUUAUUAAUUUGUUACAUAACCAGCGGAACAUUUUGUUCAUUUUAGAUUUUAGGUGCACCAGAAUGUAUAGAUGAAUCAACCAUCAAGAAGGUCACUCAGCUCCCUUUCUUCCUCUUCUCAUUUUAUCACUACCUUUCUCAGUUUUCCUCUCAGAUAAGAGGGAGGGGGGCAGAAAAGGCGAGGCCAUGUUGUCAGAUCUGUCAGUCUAGCCAGGCCUGCCUGGUCUCGCCCCUCCCAACUCUGUGGAGGCAUUACAUACUGCUGCUGCUUAAGCUCUUAGCAACGGUGCUCAGCAACAGAGCCAAGGCAACAGAGCUCCACGGCAACAGCGUGCCGUGUCUCCCCAAUGGAGCUGCCAUUGGGCGGACCAGCUCUCAGGCACUACACCCAGAGCAGACCAAGACCUCAUCGACAAAAACUGAACUAUCGUCCUAGCAGACCACAGGAGACAAUAUUUGAGAGUGAAAAUGAAGUUCUUGAUCACAUGGGAAGGGUGGAUGAAGGGGUUGAAGAGUUCUUCACAAAGAAAGUGCUUCCUUUGGAUAUACUGAAAAAGCAGGAGGAAGAAGCAAUCACAGUUCAAGAAGUGGUUCCAGCCAGCUCCAACCCUUGCCCAGCCCCAACAAAAACACUAAGACGGAAACUCGGUGAUUUCUUCACACUCAAAAAAAGAAGAGGCUCCAAGACAGAGACAACCCAUGAUGGGCGUCCCAAAAAGGCCUCCAUUGCUGACCUCAUCCGUCCACUCAGGGAAGUCGCCCGAGCUGAGAAAGAAAAGGAUAAAGACAGAGUGAAAGAACAUGACAAGGAAAAUGAAAAGGAGAAAGGAGAGUCAGCUGUUCAGGAGGCCCCUGUUUCUGGUGCUCCUCCCCUAAGAGGUGAUACCGCGCCUCCCCGGCGUGCUCUCAGAGAUGGGAAAUCCCAGUCUCUCAUUCUGCUAUCAGCAUCGGCAGCAGGGACUCCCAACUCUAGAAAUGCAACUAAGAAACAGAUGGAAGGCCAGCAUAGCUUUGAACAGAAACUCCAUCUCAUGCUUCAACGUAUCGGAGUUGCAAAAUCACAACCAGCUGAAACACAGAAUCAGGAGAGAGAGAUGAAAAAGGCAGAAUCUGAAGGUACGAUUAUUGACAGUAAACCCGAGCCACCUCCUUCUCUCUCUAAACCUCGAACAAUGUCUGCAUCAUCAGAUAUAAGGCAUCAAAUUCGACCAAGUGUGUCAGAGCAUGAAUCAGCUGGAAAACCUCCGUUGCUUCCAAAACCAGUAAUCAAGCCUGGUCCAACCAACACAACAUCUGGCCACAACAUACCUGAAAAUGAACUACCACUAAUACAAGAAGGAGAGAAAAACACACACACUAAACACAGUCCAUGUUCAACUUCAUCUCCACCUGUUGCUGCUGAAUCCCUGACAUCUACCAGCACCACUUCAACUGUGCAAACAAUCUCAAAUUCAGUCUCUGACUCCAGUAGUGCUACAGUUUCUCCUUCCAGUACUGUAGCUCACACUGGCAUAGACAUAUGCACUGACUCUGUCAAGCCAAUUGAACAAGCUUCUACACCAACAACUGUUACGGAGCUUGAGAGUAAAUUGACUGAGGAUAGUGUAACUACCACUGAACCACCCACUGGUACCAUUCUGACAUCCUCUACAAGCACCACCACGCCCAGUGAGUCUCUUGGUGCUAAUUUUAUUAGUUCCAUUUCUUCUAAGUCAAUGACUCAGACCUUUUCUGACACUUCCAAUGUAACACCCAUAACAACAGUGUCACCUUCCAUUAUCAUUUUGGAAACAGUUUGUGAAGCUAGCAAUGAAAUUGAAGUUUCUAAAUGGUCACCUAUCAUGUCCACUGAAUCAAGUUUGCCAGAGGUAAAUGGGAAUCUCUCACACAGUGCUGCUGCUGCAUGUGAUGCAGCUGUUUCUUCUUCAUCCUCCACCAGUUUAGUUGCUGAAGCUUCAAGCUUCAUCUCAAGUGACCUGAGUGAAACUGCAGUUUCACUUGGAACCCUUGUUUCUGCUUCCUCCACCCAGAUGUCAACUCCCACUCUUUCCGUCAGCUCCAAUUUUUCAUCCAUCACUGCCACUGCUUCCACUAAAAGCCCAACAAGCAGUGAGAGUAUGACCACCUUUGCUUCCAUUCACCCAGACACUCAGCCCCCCUCUGUUCCCACCACAUGUAAUGCUGUAACAGAGCCUGACGACAUUACUUCCACCACAACUAUCAGUUUGAACAAUGCAGACACCACCUCCACCACCAGUUCAUCAACAACAGCUGCAGUCAGCUCCACCUUGUCGACCAAUUCAGACCCAGCUCACACUGACUCAGAUCCAGUUCACACUAACAAUCUCAGCAACAAUGCAUUGACCAGAGGUAUCGCUGAUGGUUCUGCUGAUUAUCCAACCUCUCCAGCACAUUCAAACAACAGUCCUGCCCCAAACGUUAUUUUACAGUCCUCUGAAGAUGAUACAUUCAGUUCAGAGCCUAUGGAAAAGGGGAAAGCAGAUGAAAAGUUUGAGAUGGUUGAAAACCAUGAGAAGACAGAUGCAGAUAAGGAAGAAGGAACUGCGGACUUCCAGAGAACGAAUAAUGCACCAAUAGUUAGCAGUGAAGAAACAGAAGGAAUAGGACAGGAGGAAAGUGACAGUGCUAAAGAGACGAUGGUUAUGACUCGAUCAGGAAAAGAGGUUGAGUGUGGCACCAUCAAGGACCUGGCAGAUGGUCAAAAAUAAGAAGAAAUCAAGUUGGUGCACAAAUAUUCAUUUCUAAAGAUGUUUAAAAUGGGACCAACUACUGUGACAGGGGCAGGAGAUGCACAGUAAACAUGUAAAAUGGGGCAUUGACCCAUGGUACUUCCCACAGGGACCGCCAUAUUACAGCAGCACACCACACAGGGUGGGCCAAUGGACCAAAGAACUAAGUUCUCCUUGGUUUGAUGUAAUCAACAAAUCCAGCAGUGUCUUUUGUCUUUUUUCAAAAUUUUCUUUUCCUUUCUGCAUUGCACGUAUGAUUAUGUACAGUAAAUAGGACAGCUACUGAGCUAAAAUAAACCAUGUUUACAAUAGAUGGAAAGUGACUAUAGAUAUAAAUAUUAAAUGGUCUAUCGGAUUGAUAAAAGUGAUUUUCUGUUUUUGUUCUGUGUGGAUGUGAUCUUUUUUGGGGGGGGAACAGGUAGUUAAGUAGUUUUUACUGCCACCAGAAAACCCACUUGUUCAAAGCUGAGUUUAUCCAGGUGAUUACCUCUAAGCAAGGUUCUAUGAAGAAAACCCAUUAAAGAGAAUGGCCAGACAAAUAUGAAAGAUCUUUUUGUUGUUGGAUCACUACAUUUGGGAAGCAAUGAAAUCCUGUUAAGAGCUAUGAAAACAUAGCAGUAUGUCAAUCAAUAUCUUUUAACAAAUUAAUGUUUUAAAAGGGUUUAAAAAGGAACUUCACAACUACAGCAAAAACUGAGUUAUAUGUUUGUGUUGUUUAACUGUGUCAAAAUAUCAGGUUGUGAAGUGGUGUCUGAGUUCAGGAAUGGGUUCUGUAUUUUGGGGGAAAUUGUUAUAAAUGCAAACAGUGGAUGAUUUAAAAAGAUGUUUAAAUGCAAUAUAAGAAAUACUAU